GUCCAAGUAAGCCGCCUGCGGGUGCCCAGUUCAUUUCAACGGCCCCAGUCAGAUGCGAUCAAAAGCCAUCCAUGUCUACACCUGUUCUCAUCAACGCCUGUCUUUGCAGUUCUAUAGAUAUUCAGCAAUGAUCCUCUUCCCUCACUUCCCCUGAUCAUACUUUGGGUCUACCGGAGACUGCCGGGCCCUCCAUUCGUCCUCUUUACACAUGGCUGGCCUCGAGCAGAUCGAGGUACAUUCAAGGAGUUACUUGGUCCGCUGGCUGAAUGCCAAACAAGAACAUUCCAUCUCCUGGACCCUCCAACCUCACAAGAAGUCCCUAAACUUUGGCCUAUUCAAGCACCCAGGCCCCUUGUCCACCUUGUCAGCUUCCCACGCGUCACUCCCUCCACCAUCGCCGAAUCCAUCCGUACCUGAAGAUGAGAAGAAUGACUCAACCACCCACCCCUCCGUCAUUAAUAAGUUGACCGCUAUCGGUCUGAAACCCAUCCGAUGGAUCGGCGUAUGUGACGCCGACAAAAUUUCCCAAGGCAUCUAUGAUGUCCCCUUGGGACAGGGCGGCAACUACGCCCUGGUCUUCGACAAUACCUUCUCCAAGAGCGGCUCCAAGACUGCCACUGUCUUCCUUUUCACAUAUCCCACCGCCUGUCAGCAGCAGAUACAAUUGGGCGCCCAAAUGCAUCACUCCCAAGCCAUGGCUUCUGCCGUAUCCAUUGCGUCUGGCAUGGCCCCCAUGUUUAAAAGGAGUCCACGGCUGAAGGCCAAAGACAAGGAAUCCGUCGACUCCUUGAGGCAGGCUUCCAUCGCUCAUUCGGUCCCCGCCAGUGUUGCGGCUUUAUCGGAAGGAGGGAGACUCCCAGAAGAACCUGCGUCGAUCCACACGGGAGUUUUGCAAAAGCGCCGGAGGAAAAAGCAUCAAGGAUACGCUCGUCGCUUCUUCUGCCUCGACUACACUUCUUCUACGCUGUCAUACUAUCAUGACCGGAAUUCCUCUGCCCUCCGCGGAGCCAUCCCCCUCUCCCUCGCCGCUAUUGCCAGCAAUGCAAACUCCCGCGAAUUUUCUAUUGAUUCUGGUGCCGAGAUUUGGCAUCUCAAAGCUAGCAACCCCGCAGACUUUGACGCGUGGAAAAGCGCUCUGGAGACAGCCACACGUUUGAUGCUCGAGGCCGCUACCCCCGCCGAUGAGUUGCGUGUCCAGACCGGCGGUCCAUCAAUGGCUUCUGGAGAGUCUGCUGUCAACCAACAAGAAUGGGCUCGACUGGAAACUCUCCUGAGCAGAAUCUCUGGUACGCGCGAUGCGGUUCGCAGACUAUGUCUGGACGCGGUUUCACAACCACUGCCCACCACCGCGGGUUCACCAAGAAUCCCCACAGGAUCUCCAGGCCCCACGCCAACGGAUGGGCCGACUGAGGAUUACUUUAGACAGGACGAAAAGAGGCCCUUCUGGAAGCGAAAACCCAGUGCCACGGCUGCCCAGAGCAAUAUAUUUAAGCGAAGUGUUUCCGCUCAGUUGGUCGUGCCUGCUCCCGGAGUGGAAACUUUACUCAGGAAUGGAGUCGGGCCUUACCCUGGCGCGCGCUCCAGCUCGCGUCCGUAUCUUCGCCACGAGGAAAGCAUGCAAGAUCACUGCAAGGCAGUCUUGUUUGAUCUCGACUCAGUCGUGGCCGAGUUCUCUUCUCUUAUGGCCGAGAGCAAGGUUAGGAGAACUACACCUCCCAAGUCGGCCGUCUCGAGGUUGAGCCUUCAAUCGGUUGAUUCUCAGGAGUAUUUCGAUGCAGAGGAUAACUCAAGGCUACUCGACAUCCACAGCGAUUCAGACAAUGACGAGAGCAAUGACGAAGGGGUUGGUGUCGACGAAGAUUCUGCAACCAGUAGCGACAUUGGUGACGAUGCGCUCGAAGUUGCUAAAAGAAGGUCAGGCAGUGUCUCAGCAUAUCUGCCGCCCCGAGCGAAGCAAUUAACCCCUCUACCGUUGGAAGAUGUUCGUCGACGCACGACCGUAGCUGCGCCCACCAUCAUGCCACCCAGUCUGAUCGGCUUCCUAAGGAAGAACGUAGGCAAGGACUUGUCGACCAUUUCCAUGCCAGUCUCGGCCAACGAGCCUCUGUCGCUCCUUCAGCGAGCAGCCGAGCAGCUCGAGUACUCUCAACUCCUUAACAGUGCUGUUCACUUAACGGAGACGUACGACCGACUGAUGUAUGUCACGGCAUUUGCUAUUUCCUCAUUAUCGAGUUCCCGAGUCAAAGAACGCUCGAUCCGGAAGCCGUUCAAUCCUAUGCUUGGAGAGACGUUCGAGUUGGUCCGCCAAGAUCGGGGAUUCCGGCUCAUUGCAGAAAAGGUUUCCCAUCGCCCUGUGCAACUAGCCCUACAUGCCGAGUCAAAAGACUGGACUUUCACCCAAUCACCCCUUCCCUCACAAAAGUUCUGGGGCAAGUCGUCAGAGAUCAUCACAGAAGGCAAGGCACGUUUAGUCCUUCAUGGAACGAACGAAGUCUUCUCAUGGAGCGCCGCAACAUCAUUCCUCAGAAACAUCAUUGCAGGAGAAAAGUACGUCGAACCCGUCGGCACGAUGACGGUGCUUAAUGAAACAACCGGUUCCAAGGCCGUGGCAACAUUCAAAGCCAAAGGCAUGUUUUCUGGUCGAAGCGAGGACGUCGAAGUUCAAACAUUCGAUCACAACGGUCAGGGACUGUCCAUCGCCCUGUUCGGGACGUGGACCACUUCACUACAACUCAAAGAGCCCGGCAAACUCACCAAAUCCACCAUCUGGUCGGCCGGACCACUCGUGGACAACGCACCCAAACACUACGGAAUGACAACCUUUGCAGCCGAGUUGAAUGAAAUCACCGCGAUCGAAGAGAAUAAACUCCCUCCGACUGAUAGUAGAUUACGGCCUGAUCAACGAGCACUCGAGCGUGGUGACCAUGAUCGCGCGGAAAGGGUCAAGAAUCAACUCGAAGAAGGACAACGAGCCCGUCGACGAGACAUGGAAGCUUCAGGUGAAGCAUGGAAACCUCGAUGGUUUACUCGUGUCGAACUCGGUGAUGAGGUGGUGUGGAAGCUCAGGACGGGUAAGGACGGAUAUUGGGAAGAGAGAGCCCGUGGUGAAUGGACUGGUGUAGUUCCGGUCUUGGAUGUGUGAUUGAUAUAUGAUCUAUGGAUGGGAUCCAGGGACGGUGGAAAAUUCCAGUUUUGGAUAAGAACAUGCCCCUGCGCCAGGGUCGUUUUUGAUAUCAA